AUUAUAGAACCCAUUUCCCCAAGUCCUCCUUUACUUCUCCCUCUCACUAAAUACUCAACCCUUCUCCAACCGGCCCCUUCUCUCUAUACAUACAGAUACUUAUAAUUGCAUUGAUUUUGAUAUAUACACGCUUUAUAUUCUCAUCUAUAGAUACAUAAAGUUUUGGGGAAGGUUGAAUUGGAGAAGAUGAGCAGUGGGGGUAAAGGAGCUACAGCAACAAGUAGUAGGGCUUCGAUUCCGGGCAGCGUGAAGAAGACGAUCGAGAACAUAAAAGAGAUUACGGGUCAAAGUCAUGGUGAUGAUGAGAUUCAUGCUAUGCUCAAGGAAUGUUCCAUGGAUCCUAACGAAACUGCCCAAAGGCUACUACUACUCGAUACAUUCCAUGAAGUAAAAAGGAAACAUAAUAGGAGAAAAGAGAAUCUGAAUAAGGAGUCUGCAGACCCGAGAUGGAAGCCAGGUGUGCAGGCACGGGCUAAUAAAGGGGUCCGAGGAAACUAUUCACGAUACAGUUCUCACGAUACUGGCAGUGGGAGGAAUUAUGCUGCUGUGAAGGAAACUUCAACCACUCUAAUAUCAGAUAAAGGAGUUAGCAUACCACCUUUGCCUACUUCACAAGAGAGAAAAAGGAACGAAACUUCUGUUGGAAGCCCAGUAACUGCCCUAUCCAAUGGUCCAUCUGGUAUUAGUACUAGUGUUCUACGCGAGACACAUGUGACUGCAAGUAGAGUUGUUAAUCAAUCCUAUGCAACUGGUGAUGCCAGCACACGUAAGGUGGAAGGACUGCUGCCACUUCCAUCCCCCAUUGAUUCCACUAAAAACCAUGAUGUUGCUCAUGGAAUACGGGCACACCAGAUGCUGAAAUCCAGCAAUAGUUCAGCACCUGUUCUGUCAGGAACUUCUUCAGGAGCUCAUUUCUCUUCAUCUGAUCCUGUACUGUUGCCAUCUGAACAUGUAAGGCCCCCUAUUAGACAUGAAAUGGAUAGUCAGUGUACUCCUGUUGAGCAAAUUGCAGUUAAUCCUACUGAGGGGAAAUCAGCUUCAGAAGCUUCGGUUGGCAGCUCUAUUGUGCCGCAGAUGCCAAACGUGUCCCAGGGAGUUGGAAAGAAUCAGCUUUUAGAAACUCGAAAGACUGCAUCUUCAACACACGAUGGCUCAUUUGGUAGUAGGCCUUCAUCUAAUCAAAACAAUCGGACACAUGUGAUUGGCCUACAGAAAGUGGGUCCUGGCAAGGAGUGGAAACCAAAGUCUACAAACCACAGUAUUGUUCAGGGUGUUAGCACAGCUGCUUCAUCUGAGGUUUCUAUAGUUGUUGAAAAUCAUUCUGAAUUGCAGCCAACACCCGAAUUCCUUUCUUCAAAGGAAGUUACUUUAGAGCUGCUGAGGAAUUUGGAAGAGACUCACAUUUCAGAUAGUCAACAUGUCAUUAUACCUAAUCAUCUGCAUGUCCCUGAUGCUGAAAAACUUGGGUUUUGUUUCGGAAGUUUUGAUGCUAGCUUUGAGCUAGAUAUGAGCUAUAACAGUGGCCCCGAGAGUGACAAGAGUCAGCCUCUGUCUGAAUCUCCUGAGGCUAUUAAGGAAACUGUCAAGGAGCCAUCUCCAAGUCAGAAUGAGCUUGUAACUGCAGAGGAUACUGAAGCAAAAUACCCUGACAAUCCUCCAACUUUGCAAGGACUAGAAAUUUUUUCAUCUACUGAGGGUGAAGUCUCAUCCUCUGUUCUCCCAGAAUAUAACAAGUCCAAGCAGGAGGUUGCUCCUGGAAGCCAUCAACAUCCUGUAGCACAAUCUUCUUCAAGCUAUGGUCUUGGUUUUGUGCCACCAAUGUUGAGUAGCCAGGUUUCAACUUUGGAAAGUUCAGAAUCUCGAGCUCUUGAUACUCAUCAAGUUCCAAAUGUUGUUGUACAGCAAUCAUUUGACCCCACAAGCUAUUAUUUGCAAUUUUAUCGGCCUGGUGCACACGGUGAUGGCCGCAUUUCACCAUUCCAUUCAGCUGGAGCUGCAUCCAAAUAUAAUGGCAAUGCUAUCAUGCUCUCUGCAUUGAAUUCGCAGUCUCCUCAAGAGGGUGGUGCCCCUAUGGUUUUAUCCACUGCUGCUCCAUCACCACUUGUGACUCAAGCUGCUGGAGUUGUGCAGAGCUCCCAGCAGCCGCAAUCAAUUUUUCGGCAACCAACUGGGAUGCAUUUACCUCAUUAUCCUCCAAACUACAUCCCAUAUAACCCCUAUUUCUCUCCAUAUUAUGUCCCACCACCAGGAGUUCAUCAAUUCUUAAGUAAUGGUACAUUUCCACAGCAACCUCAGGCUGGCAGUAUGUAUCCAACUCCACAUGGGGCAAAUGCCAAAUAUUCGGUAUCUCAAUUUAAGCAGGGGCAUAGUAUGGGAAACUCAGUCUACAUGGGAGUGCCUGGCAGUUGGCCAUAUGGCGCUUCCACAGCCAACUAUACUUCCAGUUCAGCCAGAACUGUUACUUCAACCUCUGAUGGGGAUCCUCUUGCUGCCCAUCAAGUUAAAGAAAAUAGUCUCUAUGUCGGUGGUCAACAGAGUGAGGGUUCAGGCGUAUUGUUUACAGCUUCCGGUCAGGAUAUUUCUUCCUUGCAGGCUAGUUCCUUCUACAAUCUACCUCAGGGUCAGCUGGCUUUCACUCCAACACAGCAUGGCCACGGUACAUUUGCAGGUAUGUACCACCCUGCACAGGCAAUGACAGCAGCCACUGUUCACCCUCUUCUGCAACAAUCUCAAACCAUUUCAAGUGCUCUUGAUAUGGUUGGACCCCCUAGCAGUGUUUAUCAGCAACCACAGCAUACGCAACUGAACUGGUCAAGUAACUACUGAAUAAGGAGAUGUUUCUUUCAAAAGUCAAUUAUAUGUUCGAACAAUCUUGAAUUGUCUAUUGUGACGUCAAACAAGUUUUGAUUUAAGAAACAAAUGGCGCACCCAAGUGUAAAUUUAUGGAAGGAGCCAAUGAAUUGGGAAGACGUUUUUUGAGUCAAAUAAGGCCAGAACAUGCUAGCUAGCAAUCUCUUUCUUGCUUCUGAUAGAUGGUUUGUUUUGGCUUGACAUAACCGGAGAGCCCCUCUCAAGGUUUAAGCUUUAUAUUUAGACCAUAGGACAGGUUAAAUUAUUAUUUUCUUCUCAAAUUUUCUGUAGUUUUGGAUUAAGUAGGACCAUUGGCAGACUGGUGUGAGUUUUUAUAGGUCUCCAACUAUUCUACCUGUAAAUUGAAUAUUUUGUGAUGGCAAAAGGGAUGUACUGUGGAAUUGUUACAGCUGGCCUUGGUGUAUGCAAUUGGGGCAUUCAAUUGUUUUUGACAGAGAAUAAUGAGUCUUUUGGCUUGAGAUUUGAGUAUAUUCUUGUUGAAUGUCAAUGCUAAGAAACAGGUUACAUUUUUCGAUUUA